CAUUCCUCUUCCUGCGUUGGGCGGCAGGUUCAAGUUGCCAUAGCUGCAGCGGCAGUGACAGUUACAGGGGAUGGAAGGAAAGUAGUCGGUCGGACCCAUGGCAGAUUCCUCUAGCGACUCUGAGUCCCACCUACGGUCCCGUGCAAACAGGAGGGGUCCCCUCCGGGCGUCUCACUUGCAUACACGGCCACGAGGAGUGGGGGAUGUCUCUGAAAAGAUCCAUAAGCUGGCCGACACAUUGCAGGACACCAGCCGGAAUCUGAAGCAAGUUGACGAGAUGCUUGGACAGUACAGGGAGUACAACUCUGAUCAGACUGAAGCUAUCACCACUCUCAAAGAAACCCUGGAGCAGUCCAUCGAACAGCUGAGAAGCCAACGCCUGUCCCGCCUGUCUGGAUUUCGGAGCGCCUCUCUGUCCAGCUUGUGUGCAAGUGACCUGGACGCUACAACAGUUACUGGAAAUCGACGCCUUCAACCGACCUCUCCCCUCAAAGACUACAGUGAUGUGGGGUUGAAUAGACGGCGGCGGUCUCGCUCGGCUAGUGUGCGCUUUGUUGAUGAGCCUGGUGAUCCUGAUCAGCUUCAUUCUUUGCACCAGUCUCUGCGGGAUCUGAGCAGUGACCAAUUGAGGAUCAAUGGUGACCUGAGCAGAGAACUCGCCCAUAGAAACAGAACUGAAGCUGAAACCAAGAAAGCCCUCCAGGAAUUAAAUGUCCGCCUUGAUCAAGCCCAGCACCAGGAAUCUGUCUCCGAGCGAGUGGAGCGGCGGCUGCAGCAACUGGAGCAGGAGCUGAGAACAGAGCGGCAACAGGCCGAGAGACGACAGGAUCACCUGGGCCAUGUGUCCACUCAUCUGCAGGGGGAACUGAAAAAACGGGAAUCCAAGUCUGAUGAGGUGGAGGCAUCACUGAGGGACAAGCUUGGGAAGCUGGAGAGUGACAAGAGCCAGUUGAAGGAGGAUUUGGAGAGAUACCGGAGGAGGCUGGAUCAGACGGAAGGAAGCCGGGAAGCUCUGCUCUGCCAGGUGGAGGAUCUGCGCAGUCAGAUUCUGAAACUGGAGGAGGAUCGAGGACACUUGCAGCACCAGGUUUCCCAAAUGUCCUUACAAAGUCAACAUGAAAACCUUGAGGAGCAGAGGAGGAUCUGUGCAGCUGUAGAGCGAUCUGAGCGCGAGAAACAGGAGCUUGAGCGUCAGAUGACUGAACUGCGCACUCAGCUGAACCGAAGCGCAAUGCUGUCCGAAAUUGACGAUCUAAAACGCAGCCUUGACCAGAAGGACAGAGAGAAGGUUCAGCUGGCAGAACAGCUAGAAGCCUUGAACACUGACAUGGAGAAGCGGGAGCGACAGCAGCUGAGGAUGCUGCAGCAGGUGAAGGACAUCCAGGGCCGCUAUGAGAUGUGUGAGAAAGAGCGGAGACAGCUGGAGAGUCAGAAUUCUGAACUGGGGCAGCAACUUGAGGAGGUAACCCAAGAGGCAGAAAGGUGCCUCACGGAGUUGAGGCAGGAAGAGACCCUACGUAUGGAGGCCGAGAAGAAGAAGGAAGAUCUGAAAUCUAAAGCACAAGAGACUGUCAAACAUUGGAAGCUGAAGUGUAAGAAACUGGAACGGGAGCUGCACAAGAAAGAGGAGUCUGUGAGUUUGUCAUCUGAGCAUUGCUCACAGGCGAUUAAGGAGAAGGAUGAAUUCAAAUGUCAGCUUCAGGCCACCACACAGCAGGCAGAAAGCCUGCGCAAGGAGCUGGCAGAGGUGCUGGGCCGACGCGCGCAGCAGGAGGAGGAAUUACACCUGCGGCAGAUGCGCUUAACCGAACUCCAGGAUCAACAGCUGGGACUGGAGAAAGAAGUGCGCGAGUCACAGGAGCUGGUCGGGCGGCUGCAGGGAGAGCUGCAGCGGCAAGUUCAGCUCCAGCAGCAGUUGCAGGAGGACCGGGAAAGGCUGCAGGAAGAGAUUCUGUCUGCUGGUCGAGCCCAGGAGAAAAGCAAUGAGAAAAUCCUGGAACUGCAGGAGUCUGUGAGCGACCUGAGUGCAGAGAGGGCCGAGCUCAGCAGCCGCCUGGCACAGGAAGAGAGGAGUACCAAAGAGCUGAGGAGGAAUCUUUGUGAGGCCCAGAAACAGGCAGAGUUUGCCCGGGAAGAGCUGAGCUCAGCAGGACGACAGCUGAAGAUGGAGAGAGAUGUGCACCAGCGGGAACUGACGGAUCUGCGCUCUGCGGCCCAGACGGCCAAUGCCAAACAUGAGCGCAACAUCCAGGAGAUGCUGGCACACUUCCGGCAGGAGAGGGAAGAGCUAGAGUCUCACAUACGCACCCUAAAGGCAGAGCUGAUUGACAGCAAAUCUCUGGUGAAGUCUGAGCGUCAGCGGCUGGAGAAGAUGAAAAUAGAAUGUGAUAAACUUUCUGAGGAAAUGCUUCGUGGCAAAGAGGAGAGCGCCGCCCUGAGGUGCAAGUACCAGCUGGCGGCACAGGAUGCGGAGGAGCAGGACCAGCAACUGAAGAAAGUGGAAGACGUCAUGCAAAACCUGAAAGAGAAGCUGAAUUCUGUAGAGACCGAGCAAGAAACAAUCCUGAGUGCCAUAGAGACUGAAAUCAACGCUGCCUGUCAGACCUUGUCCAGAAACUCCAUGGAGAAAUUUAAAGCUAUGUCCAGCGCUGCCCACCUGAUGGGUGACCCCCACUACUGGCUAGCGGAGACUAAGACAAAACUUCAUUGGCUGUGUGAAGAGAUAAAGGACGGAGAAGACCGGGAGGACAAGCUCCGCACUCAGAUCCAGCAGUGUCGAGAGCAGCUGAAGGAACUUAAGCUGAAAAAAGAAUCUGAGAAAGAGGAGCAGCGGCGACAGAUCAGCAAGCUGGAGCAACAGCUGGAGGAGGCUCACCGGGACAAGAAAGAGUUGCUGGACAAGAGCCACAGACGAGACGAGGAGAUGUGGAUGCUGCAGGAUCGGGUUGUGGAUCUGGAGCGGAGUACUCGCAUGGCCCUGGAUCACCUGGAAUCUGUUCCAGAAAAGCUCAGUCUCCUGGACGACAUGAAAGAUCUCAAUGACUCUCACCUGCAGAGAGAAGUGAUGGAGGAGCGGUACGCUCAGUACCGAGAGAUCGUGGGGUCCCUGCAGCAACAGCUGGAAGAUUCCAAGCGCAGGAUCCAGGAGUACAGGGAGGAGAAACUUAAGGCAGAUGUCCAGAGUGCCCGGCUGUCCGCAUUGUCCGCCUCCAUAAGGGGGAACAGCAGCUUCUUGUCCAGCUCUCUUCGCUCAGACACCAACUCUCCUUUAAAAAGAGGGCCCCCCCCCGAGCCUUGAGAAUAUGAAGGAUCACACCUCGGGCAUUGCACUGAGCGGAGCCGCCUCCUGAAAGGACAGCCCAUCCGUCAUGGCUGCCCGCCGGCUCCAGCCUGGUUAGGAUACAGAAUCUGCUGUAUAGACCAGUCCUGAAGAACGGACACAGCACCUUGCCUACAGGUCAUUGCGGAGUGCCCGGGCGGCAUCACCACUUACCCCUCACACCAGGAAUCAUGUGUUUUUGGACUUACAGACUUGACAUGAAAUGCUGCUAAUAUUAAAUGUAAUCUGAUAUCAUAAAUCCACUUUGCUGUAAAUUAGGUUUUUGCCUCAAUAAAUCAUUUAUAAGAAUGG